CCCUUAGGCAUGUGAAGAGAUCCGUUCUUUUUUCUUUUCUCCUUUCAUUUUAUGGGUGUUCUUCGUGAAUUUGCUGAGCUUUUUGUAUUGUCGACAUGUACCGAUGAUCUUGUUAAUCUCACUGGUGUUGAGCCAUUUGUAGGAAUGGCACAGCCGCAAGAGAUGAAGGGAAGUGAGAAGCUGGCGAGCUGUGAUGCAUACUUUGAGACGAUUCAGUCCAAGAAAAAAUUGCCCCCCUCGGUGCAAGAAAGUCUGACCUCUGCAUUUGCAAGCAUCCCAGUUUCUUCAUUCCCACAAGUUCCUGGAGGCAAAGUGAUCGAAAUCGAAGGAGACGCCUCGGUGGCUGACGCGGUUAAGGUUCUGUCUGAGCACAACAUAAUGUCAGCUCCGGUGAGGAACCCGGAUGCGAAAACGAGUACAAAUUGGAGAGACAGGUACUUGGGAAUUGUGGACUACUCGGCCGUAAUCUUGUGGGUGUUGGAGAGCGCAGAGCUCGCAGCGGUUGCUCUGUUGGCGGGUUCGGCGAGUGCAGCUGGUGUGGGAGCCGGAGCAGUCGGCGCUCUUGGGGCAUUGGUGCUGGGCGUGACUGGUCCUGCUGCGGUUGCCGGGCUCACAAUUGCAGCGGUUGGUGCUGCCGUGGCCGGGGGUGUGGCGGCCGAGAAAGGUGCAGGUAGAGACUCUUCCACUGCCGCGGACAAUUUGGGGCAGGAUUUUUACAGGGUUAUUCUCCAAGAGGAGCCCUUCAAGUCUACCUCAGUGAAGUCCAUAAUCAAAUCGUAUCGCUGGGCUCCAUUCAUACCAGUAGCAGAAGACAGUUCGAUGUUGAGCGUGUUGUUGCUACUUUCGAAAUACAGGCUAAGGAGUGUUCCCAUCAUUGAAUCGGGAAAGCCCAACAUAAAGAACUUCAUCACUCAAUUUGCGGUUAUUCAAGGCCUCGAGAGUUGCAGAGGAAGAGAUUGGUUCGACUGCAUUUCUGAAAUCGCUAUCGGUGAAUUAGGACUUCCUUUCAUGUCACCUGAUGAGGUCGUUAGCGUCCGAAGCGACGAACUGAUUCUGGGGGCUUUUAAGCGGAUGAGAGAUAAUCAGAUCGGUGGUGUCCCGGUCGUGGCAGGGUCAAAGAAGAAGAUUGUGGGAAACAUAAGCAUUAAAGACAUUAGUCACUUGCUGCUGAAGCCCCAGCUUUUCACCAAUUUCAGGCACCUAACAGUGAUGGAUUUCAUGAGCACCAUCAUCUCGACAACUCAAGAACCCGGCAAAGUCAUACCGCCGAUCACGUGCAAGCCCGAUUCAACACUCGGCAGCGUGAUCCGCAGCCUCGCAUCGAAGACGGUACAUAGGAUAUACGUGGUGUCUGAUGAGGAGGAAGUCGUGGGGGUGAUCACGCUUCGAGAUGUUAUUUCUUGCUUCAUCCACGAGCCUCCUAAUUAUUUCGACGAUUACCUUGGGUUCUCGGUCAAGGAGAUGCUUGGUCAAUGAGGCUCUUGUUACUGGUGUCCCUAAUGUGCUUUAAGUACUAUGAGACAAGCAGAGAUUGCUAUGGAGGAUUUUCUAGGUCCUUAUAAAUCUUGCUCUUGUGAUUCACUAGUAAUUGUCAAAUUUCUUCCCUUGGACUAUGUUCUCACCUCACAGCUUGGAAAUGUAAGGUCUGAUUUUGUUAUAA